AUGAUUUUCCGGAAACUUUGGAACUUUCGCCGCAAGUGGGAGGAAAUUGAUGACAUCAAAAAUGUGUUUUGGUUUCCAAGCAAAAAAGCAGCAUAUGUUGCAAAAAACUGGAAGGAAGAUACCUUUUUUGGCAAACAGUUUCUUCAUGGUUGUAACCCAAUAAUGAUCGAGAAGUACAAAGAAGGUCAGCAGAAAAUUCCAGUGGAGACUUUGGAAAAGGUGUACCCUGAUAUUGAGGAAAAUAUCAAGAAUGGAAGAAUCUAUGUGGUGGACUAUUGGAUACUGGAUAAAAUAGCGGCAGCUAUAUUCGAUACACCACAGUUCUUGGCUGCACCCAUUAUGCUGCUUCAACAGACUGCGAAUGAGCUAAACCCAAUUGCCAUACAGUUGAAGCAGGAGCCUGGAGAGGACAAUCCAGUUUUCACCCCACAAGACAAUAAAGCCUGGCUCUUAGCCAAGAUCUGGGUUCGGAACUCUGACUUCUACUACCAUGAACUGGUUUCUCAUCUUCUCAGAACACAUCUGAUGGGGGAAAUAUUCUUCAUUGCUAGCUACUAUAUGGCUGAUCAACAUCCAAUAUCAAGGAUUCUUCGUGAAACUGGUCGGUACACCUUACCAAUCAAUAUUACUGCCAGAAACACCCUCAUCAAUACAGGUGGAUUCUUUGUGGAGUACACUGCCAUUGGGAAAGAGCAUUGGGAGGUCUUAAAAAGAGCAACAAAGAAGAUCACCUAUAAGAGCCUCUGCCUGCCCGACAAUGUGAAGCAGCGUGGCAUCGACAAGCUGAAGAACUUUCACUACAGAGAUGAUGGCAUGGACAUCUGGGAAGCAAUAUAUGAAUUUGUUCGUGGAGUGGUGAAUGGACUUUAUAAAAAUGACGAGGAUAUACAGAAGGAUCCAGAGCUCCAACAAAUGGUGUCUUUCAUAUACAACUAUGGAUUUCUGCAGAAGCCAGAUUGCCCCUCAAGCCUGAAAACAAGAGAAGAAGCCAUUAAAUACAUCACCAUGAUAAUGUUCACCUGCUCUGCCCAACAUGCUGCUGUGAACCAUGGGCAGUAUGAUAUCUAUGCCUGGAUGCCAAAUGGACCAACAACAAUGAGGAAGCCUCCACCCAAGGACAAGAAGGUGACUGAAAAAGACAUAAUGGAUACUCUUCCAGACAUUACUACAACACUUGAGGCUAUGAAAGUGGCUAGAUUCCUCAGCCAGGUUCCAAAAGACUUCGUGCCACUUGGAAACUACCCUGAGGAAGUUGCUAAUGAAAGCUAUAUGAGAGGUCCCCUCAGGGAGUUCCAAAAAACGCUGACGGAAAUUGGAACGAAAAUCAGAGAGAGAUCAACACAAGAAUCAGAGAGAGAGUUCCCAUCUGAGUAUUUGGACCCUGCAGGGAUGGAAAACAGCAUCACUAUCUAA